UUGUGUCUGUUAGUCCGGGUCGGUCCUGAUCGGUCCGAGUCCCUGGCCCAGGAAGAUGAGCUGCUGUCCGGACAUCUCCCGCAGGAACCCGCAGGAGGACUUCCAGCUGAUCCAACGCGUCGGCAGCGGGACGUACGGUGACGUCUACAAGGCGAGGAGCGUCAGCACUGGAGACCUGGCCGCCAUUAAGGUCAUCACACUUGAGCCUGGUGAGGACUUUGCGGUGGUGCAGCAGGAGAUCCUAAUGAUGAAGGACUGUAAACACUCCAACAUUGUGGCAUACUACGGCAGCUACCUCCGCAGGGAGAAGUUGUGGAUCUGUAUGGAGUUCUGUGGAGGAGGAUCACUGCAGGACAUCUACCACAUAACCGGUCCGCUGACAGAGUCUCAGGUUGCCUACGUCCUGCGGGAAACUCUGCAGGGUCUCUUCUACCUGCACAGUAAAGGAAAGAUGCACAGAGACAUCAAGGGAGCAAACAUCCUGCUGACUGAUAACGGAUACAUCAAACUGGCGGACUUCGGCGUGUCAGCUCAGAUCACCAUGACCAUCGCUAAGAGGAAAUCCUUCAUCGGGACUCCGUACUGGAUGGCUCCAGAGGUGGCGGCGGUGGAGAGGAAGGGUGGAUACAACCAGCUGUGUGACAUCUGGGCCGUCGGCAUCACCGCCAUCGAACUGGCAGAGCUGCAGCCGCCCAUGUUUGACCUCCACCCCAUGAGAGCUCUGCUGCUGAUGACCAAGAGCAACUUUCAUCCCCCCAAACUGAAAGACAAGGUGAAGUGGACGGGAAACUUCCACCAGUUUGUAAAAUUCGCUCUGACCAAAAACCCAAAGAAACGACCUGCUGCUGAAAGACUGCUGCAGCACCCGUUCGUGUCUCAACCUCUCAGCCGGACUCUGGCCAUUGAGCUGCUGGAUAAAGUCAGUAAUCCAGACCAGACGUCCUGUCAGGAGCACCUGAACCACCUGGACGAUGACGAGGCUGACACAGAGGUCGUCUCUGUCCCUCAGAGGAUCCCGUCUGGAAACACUCGCGAAGGAAAAACGCUGUCAGAGAUCAACUUUGAUCAGAUGAAGUUUGAUCCACCUUUGAGGAAAGAGACUGAAGCUCAUCAUGAAGAGAGCGACUCUGAUCGUUUCCUGGACUGUGAGGAGGAGCUGUACUUCACGGCCAGAUCACGCCUGGAGCUGCAGAUGGAGGAUGAAGACGCUGCUGCAGGAUCAGGAUCAGGAUCAGGAUCCAGCCUCCGUGGACACAGGUGUGUGCCAGAUGACACUCACCUGGACCAUGAGGCUGCAGAUGAGGAUGAUGAGGAUGAAGAAGACCAGUCAGAACUGUCUGACCACGACAGUGAAGUGCAGGCUGUAAAAGACUUGACGCUGCGGCCCUGCCCUCCUCCUGAAGCUCCUCCCCCUCAGGAUGGACCCCUUCUUCCUGAUAAUGGUCACCAUGGCAACCUGGACCAGGGUACCGUAAAGCGUCAUCCUCUGUCAGAGAGCUUGAUCCUGUCCACCACCCAGGGCCCCCCGAGACCUCCACCCCCCAAACUGCCCCCCCAGAGAGUCAGCAGCCUGGGUAAUGGUCCGCCCCCACCUGGUCGUCAGUCAGCAGCGCCUCCUGCUGUCCACAGCAGUAAAGACAGCAGAGAUCCUCUGAAACCAGCCAGUAACGGACUCCCACCUACUCCUAAAGUCCACAUGGGAGCUUGUUUCUCGAAGGUUUUUAACGGCUGUCCUCUGAAGAUUCACUCUGCUGCCUCCUGGAUCAACCCCGACACCAGAGACCAGUAUCUGAUCUUUGGAGCUGAGGAGGGAAUUUACACCCUGAACCUGAACGAGCUGCAUGAGAACUGUAUGGAGCAGUUGUUUCCUCGCAGGUGUACCUGGGUUUAUGUGAUGAACAACACUCUGAUCUCCAUCUCAGGUAAAGCCUCUCAGCUGUCCUGCCACAGUCUGUGCGGUCUGUUCGAACAGGCUCGACACAAACAGAAGCUGCCAGUUUCCAUCCCGACUCACCGCCUGCCGGACCGCAUCCUGCCCCGGAAGUUUUCCGUCUCUCAGAAGAUUCCCGACACUAAGGGCUGUCUGAAAGGCUGCGUUGUGAGGAACCCCUACACAGGUCACAAGUACCUGGGAGGUGCCUUCCAAUCAGGUGUAGUCCUGCUGGAGUGGGUGGAGCCCAUGAAAAGGUUCAUGCUAGUGAAGAACGUGGACUUCCAGCCACCGUGUCCUCUGGAGGUUCUGGAACUGCUGGUCGUCCCGGAGCAGCCGUACCCUCUAAUCUGCAUCGGCCUCAGGAGGGGAACCGAACAGAACCAACCUGUCAGCUUCCAGACCCUCGACCCCAAUUCACCCUGUCCCGCCCCCCCUGACUCAGAGAACCCUCAGACUUGUGUGAUCCAUGUUAGUCAGCUGGAGACAGACACCGUCCUGGUCUGUCUGGACCGUUGUAUAAAAAUUGUGAAUCUCCAGGGAAAGCUGAAGUCCAGCAAGAAGCUGUCAGCUGAGCUCACCUUCAACUUCCAGAUUGAAUCAAUUGUGUGUUUACAGGACAGUGUUUUGGCUUUCUGGAGACAUGGCAUGCAGGGGCGGAGCUUCAGAUCUAAGGAGAUCACUCAGGAGAUCAACGACAUCAGCAGGAUGUUCCGUCUGCUGGGCUCCGACAGGGUGGUGGUUCUGGAGAGCAGAGCGACAGAUAAUCCAACUGAGCACAGUAACCUGUACAUCCUCGCCGGACACGAGAACAGCUACUGAGACAUGAAAGAGACCAGGACCAAACCACUAUCAAACCAGGACCGAACCAGGACUAAAAAAGGACCAAGUCAGGACCAAAGCAAGACCAAAGCAGGACCGAACCAGGACUGAACCAGGACCAAACCAUUAUCAAACCAGGACCGAACCAGGACUGAACCAGGACCAAAGCAGUGCCAAACCAUGUCCUAAAUUCUGAACCAGAACUGUUCCAGUUAUAAGUCUGGUCUUGUAUGACUGUGGUUCAGAACCAGAAUCUGUUCCCCUGCCUUAAUGUCAUUUAGAGAACCAGACCAGCAGUGGAUCCGGUUUGAAGACCCUGUGAGAACUGAGACAAUGGUGUUUCAGUCUGCGACACUACCUCCAUGUCAAGGAACAUGUUGUUCUUCACCCGACCACCAGGAGGCAGACAUGCUGCAGGUCAGCUCAUCAUCAUCAUCAGAUCUACAGUGUUUCAGGAAGUGACUUCAACACAACAGGAAGUGACUUCAGAUCCUUGUGUCAGCAACUGUCUAAAUAUUAAGUUUGUUCUACACUGACGUGUAAAU